AUGACGACACUAGUCUGGCAGUUCUGUUCCGAGGCGCUAUUACCAUGGGGCAAGCGGAUCACUUGCAGCAAGCAUAAUGGAAACGUUUACUGGAAUGUAUCAGCAAAAAGUGAAUUAGAACAGUGUGAUCACAGGAGAAGUUCAAGCCAUUCUCCGCGGGGAUGUGAUUUGCUACUGCCAGCCGAUAUUUCCGAGUGUGGAAGAGAGCAGAUUGCGGCGUCGUUCAAAGGCUAUUUUUGUGCAAAAGAAUGGUUCAGUUGA